UACAGCGCCAAGGAGCUAGCUAGUGAAAUGGUGGAGCGCGAGAGUGCUAGGGCAGGGGCUGGGAAUGGAGGCUCUGGCGCCGCGGGCGCUGCUGCUAGCCGCCGCUCCUCGAUCCAAUGCCAGAAUCUCCAUCGCCUCCCGGCGGCCGUGCCACAGGAGGAUAGUGUGCUGCAGCCACAAGCGGGUGAAUUCCGCCACGGUGAGCCUGGAAUGGCUGACAUCGCUGGUUUCUGGAAGAGGGCGCGGCGAGACUGCUAUUCCGACUGCCCAGGUGAGGCUCGAGGACUUGACCAAGCUGCUCCAAGGCUCGCUCUUCUUGCUGCUGUUCAAGUGGAUGGGAGAAUGCGGCCCUGUGUAUCGACUCACUGGAGGGCCGAUUAACUUCAUCGUGCUCAGCGAUCCCGCCGCUGCCAAGUACGUGCUAAAGAACUAUGGGAAGUACGCCAAAGGCCUUGUUUCCGAGGUGGCCGAGUUUCUCUUUGGCUCUGGAUUCGCGACUGCUGAGGGUCAGAUAUGGAUGACUCGCCGAAGAGCGGUGGUUCCAUCUCUUCAUCGUAACUUCUUAUCCACAAUGGUGGAUGGGGUCUUUUGCAAGUGCUCCGAGCGGCUUAUUGACAAGCUUGACAAGGUCGCGCAGACAGGAGAGGCAGUGAACAUGGAGGCUCAAUUCUCUCAGUUGACACUGGACGUGAUUGGCUUGUCGGUCUUUAACUACGAUUUUGAUGCGCUGACGACCGAUAGCCCUGUGAUCCAGGCUGUUUACACGGCUCUCAAGGAAACGGAAUCUCGUGCUACAGACUUUGUUCAGUACUGGAAGGUGCCUUUGCUUUGUCAAAUUGAUCCGAGACAGCGAAAGGCCGCCAAGGCGGUUUCUCUCAUUCGAAACACUGUUGAGGAUUUAGUUGAAAAGUGCAAGAAGAUUGUUGACACUGAAGGGGAGUGUUUGGAGGGCGAGGAGUACGUGAACAAGUCCGAUCCAAGUGUUCUUCGGUUUCUCUUGGCAAGUCGUGAAGAGGUGUCAAGCCAGCAGUUAAGAGACGAUCUUCUGUCAAUGCUAGUUGCGGGACAUGAAACCACAGGUUCCGUUUUAACUUGGACAGUAUAUCUCCUAAGUAAAAAUCCUUUGGUGCUUGCCAAAGUGCAAGAGGAGCUGGACACUGUCUUGAACGGUCGUAAGCCCACAGUCGCAGACACGAGAGAGCUCAAAUACCUUACACGUUGUAUCAACGAGUCCAUGCGUUUGUAUCCUCAUCCUCCUGUGCUCAUUAGAAGAGCUCAAGAACAGGAUACACUGCCUGGCGGAUAUAAACUGGAACGCGGCCAGAAUGUCAUGAUAUCUGUGUAUAACAUACAUCAUUCACCAGCUCUCUGGGAGCGAGCAGAAGAUUUUGUUCCAGAAAGGUUCGAUCCAGAUGGUCCCAUCCCGAACGAAUCGAACACAGACUUCAGAUACAUCCCAUUCAGCGGAGGGGCUCGAAAGUGUGUUGGAGACCAGUUUGCAAUGCUGGAAGCACUUGUCACACUAGCAAUGCUGCUCCAACGUUUUGAGCUCGAGCUGGUUCCUGGUCAAGAUAUUGGGAUGACGACGGGUGCAACAAUACAUACGACUAAGGGUCUCUUCAUGACGGUAAAGCGACGAUGAGAGUAACAGUUUUCUAGAAAAGAAGAAAUUUAAUCCGCGGAUACAAUAAUAAUCAACGAUGAGAGUCAUGGCCGUUCCUUUCAAGGUGGGCUUGUUCUCAUCUCGAGCCGUAUGUUUCUUCAA